CAUCAACGCGUCCAUUUCGCUUCAAAUCAAUAGCCAAGAGCCCUUUCCGCUACAUAUACACAUUUGUGUAUCUAUAUGUCUGUACACUAUAUAGUUAUAUUUUACCAAAUCUCGUGUUCAUAUAAAUCUUCUUAUCUCUCGGCGUCUUAAUUUCAAAUCAGAAUGGGUAAGGACAAGCAUCACGAACAAGACAAAGGAUUCUUCUCACAUCAUAAUCAUCCCGGCCACGGGUAUCCACCGGGAGCUUAUCAUCCUCCGCCGCCGGGAGCUUAUCCUCCUCCGCCGCCGGGAGCUUAUCCACCACCGCAUGGUUACCCUCAGCAAGGGUAUCCUCCACAGGGUUACCCUCCGCAGGGCUAUCCACCUGCUGCUUAUCCACCUCCACCUGGUGCUUAUCCUCCCGCCGGUUACCCUGGUCCUCACCGUCCAGGUUUCGGAGGAGGAGUCGGGGGUUUGAUAGCUGGAGCUGCAACUGCUGCGGCGGCUGCAAUGGGAAGUCACCACGCGGGCCAUCACGGUGGUAAGUACAAGAAAGGGUUUUUCGGUGGAGGAAAGUACAAGCGAGGGAAGCACAGCAUGUUUGGAGGGAAACAUAAGCGUGGCAAGCACGGUAUGUUUGGAGGCAAACGAGGCAAACAUGGCAUUUUCGGACGAAGGAAGUGGAAAUGAUCAUAUGAAUAUGAUCUUCCACGAUCUGUAUGAUUUCUCGAUAUAUAUUAUCAUAUCGUAUACGUAACUACUUAAUAUUAAGCUUAAUAUAUAUGCGUGUGUUUAUUAUUUGUCUUUUCAUGUAUCUCUAUAUAUUUAUGAAAGAGUGCCAUUAAUUUGGUUUGAGUUA